UAUGGAUCUGCAGCCUAUUAGAGCGYCGCCAUUACUAAAACAUGAAUUACCAGCUCAUGGAAUCACCUGCCUGGAUCCUUCAAAUUUUAGAUUUAUCUUCAUUGCUUUUAGGAAUUGCAUCARAAAAGAGAAUGCAGAAAGUCUGAAAGGCUAAGCUGGUCUACCUAAAAAUAUGGCUGAGGCUACGACGRUGAAAGAAACAGAUUUGGCGAGGAAAUCCUCCCARCGCUGGCGGAAAAGCAGAGCCAAACGUGAGUCCGGCAAAAGCGCGGGAAAUCACAGAUUUGUCGAUGCUGACGAAUCCAUCAGUUUGAUGAAGCAGGGUUGCGAUUUCAUAAAGCUGAGAAAUGCCUCCAARAAAUAUCCAAGAACAUACUUUCUAGAUGCCGGUCUUGCCAACUUGUGUUGGACGCCAUCCAAGAAAGGUGAUCGAGCAAGAAUUCCAGUAAGCUCAUUCAAAGAAAUCCGAGAGGGUACUAUGUCCGAUGCAUUUUCUCAGUGUAACGAAGUCUAUCCKGAAGAACGAUGUUUUUCUAUCAUUCAUGGGGAUUCGUUCGUCRCCCUCGACCUCGUGUCUUCGACUCGCGAAGAAAGCGUUCAUUGGUUGAUUGGAUUACGGUAUCUGAUGGCUAAGCUUUCUGGUGAAGACGAGCAUGCGCAAAGACAGAGAGCAAGAGAUCAGUAUCCUUUUGACAGUCAAAAAUGUCAGUCAGAAAGAAAACUGUCAGUCAAAACUGUCAGUCAAUACGGACACGGCAAAGAAUCGAUGGGAAAAGAAGAAUUGCUGAAUUUUCUCACAACAGAACAAGGGAUUAAAGAGGUCGACAUGGAUUAUUGUAAAAAUAUCAUAGAAAAACAUGARCCAUCGGAAAGUAAUCGAGAGAACGAGUUACUUGGAAUCGACGGUUUUACGAAUUAUCUUCUGAGUGCUGAUGGAGAAAUCUUUAAUCCCCGUCAUAGAAGUGUUUAUCAAGAUAUGUCAAAGCCCUUGACUCACUACUUCAUUGCCUCCUCGCAUAAUACAUAUYUGCUUGGAGAUCAGUUAACGUCUACGUCKAGUAUGGAYAUCUAUGUUCGCGUUCUACAGUCCGGAUGUCGCUGUCUUGAACUCGAUUGUUGGAAUGGUAAAGACGGGGAGCCUGUGGUGUAUCAUGGGUAUACGAUGACGUCAAAGGUCAAGUUUCGCUACAUCAUUCUGAACAUCAACGAUUAUGCAUUCACGAACAAUAGGUAUCCAGUAAUUCUCUCUAUUGAAAACCAUUGCAAUAUAGAACAGCAAAGAUUUAUGGCUGACUUCAUGAAAAAAACCUUCAAAGAUAAGUUAGUUCAAGCUGAUAGAUACGAGGAAAAAGACCUUCCUUCACCAAAAGACUUGAUGGGCAAGAUUUUGAUCAAAACAAAAAAGCUUCCAAUCGCUUUAAGCGAUGAACUGGACGAGGGCGAAGUGACCGAAGAGGACUCGGCCGAUGAAAUGGAUGACUGUUUCAAAUUUAAAUCAGAUGACAACGAAACUGUCCACAAGAUCAAAGAAAGAAAAUGUCGCAGAACAUUGGCCUCGCUCAAUCGACUUCGCAUGAAUAAAGAAGACGAUGAGAGCGAYGCUCGAGGGGAUCUGAGUUCUGCCAUCGUGUCUUCAGUUGCYGAGGAAGAAAAUACAGAAAAUAGUGUCACUGUAGCUAAAUCAAGCUCUAAGCUAUCGAGGUCAUUCUCAGCCAAAGAGUACAGCAAAGGUGAGCGACGAGACAAAAAGAUCAACAGAAGCCACAGCUUCUCCACCGGUAUAMGUAAGGUACGAGGGAAAACGGACUCCUUGAAGUUGGCCCUCAACUACCAAUCAGAUGGCCGUAUGCUCCAAAUUAACAAAGGACGAUUUUUAGCCAAUGGAAAUUGUGGAUAUGUCUUGAAACCUGACAGGAUGAUCGACGGCGAUACUAAAUUCGAUCCCAUGUCAGGGAAAGAUCUUAAUGGAGAGGCGAAAAAGCUUCUUAAGAUUCGAGUCAUUAGUGGACAACAGUUACCCAAACCUAAAGACAGUAUUCUAGGUGAUCGAGGAGAGAUUAUAGAUCCUUAUGUUGAAAUUGAAAGUAUUGGUAUUCCUGUGGAUUGCUGCAAACAAAGAACAAAGACAGUAGAAGAUAACGGAUUCAACCCCGUCUGGGAAGAAACGUUAGUGUUUCUACUUCGACUAUCAGAUCUWGUAUUGAUUCGUUUUGUAGUAUGGGACGAAGAUCCUAUUGGACGUGAUUUCAUUGGSCAGUUUACUCUACCAUUUGACAGUAUAAUGCCGGGAUACCGUCAUAUCCACCUCGAAGGACUCGAUCAGGCUACCAUAUUYAUACAUGUAUCCAUUACAGAUUACCAGGGAUGUAAGGUGAAUGAAAUACCAGAAUACAAAGAAAGCAGACAUCAGUCAGGAGGAGUAAAAUUCAAGAAACGUUUGAUGAGAAAUAACACAGUCAUGUGACUCCUGGAAUUGUAACCCUGAUUGUGAUAGUAAUCUUUACAAAUUACACUUCUACAUAGUGCCGUACGAUUCUACAGUCAAAUAUUUAAUAACCUUACACCCCAAAAAGAUAUUUAACAAACUACGGCGUUUGAUCCUACGAAUAGACAAACUUCGUAGUCUACUUAUCACUAUUAAAUUCUCCGAAAUGAUCCGUUCAUGGUUAACCAAGGCGGGCAAGAUGUUUGCUGCGAGCCUCAAAUGAACACGAGUGCUAAGUAAUAUUAAAAUUAUAACUUUGCAGGAAAAAAUAUUAUUAAUUUUCCUGACAUUGCAAAAGGAUAAGCAAGCUCUGAAGAUACAACUUUUUUGGUUUUCACAUCCUUUGUAGCUAGGUUUACUACAAUUCAGCCACUGGCUGCAAAUGUAAAUUUUAAUAAAGUAUCUAUCUAUCUUUACCCGA